ACAUUUGGAACACAAUAACAUUCACAACUCAUUAUUCUUAAUACGACGAAUUUGAUAAAAAUUCACUGUAGAAUUGUUUGCUUGUUUUUGUUAUCUAAAUAAAUUGAUAAAAACAUUUUUAUGAAAAUGUUUAUUCAUCAUUCACUACUUGUGCCAUCUAUGAGUAAAUUUUCCUCAUUUAAAUGGCAGAAUCAGUUUAAAUACCUGUUGAUUUUUGAUCAUCUUUUUCAUUCGAUUAUACCGCUAUAGUAAACAAAGCCAUAACCAUGGCUAUAUUUUGUAAUGUACAACAGGAUCAUUAUAAUCAUGAGAUGGGCAGCAAAAAAAAGCUGUUCAACAACCACAAGACAGGUGAGUCGUAGCUCACACAAUGAUUCACAUAAGUUAUGCCAUGCAAUAAUAAUGACGUUAGCCAGGACCUGUUUUCCGUGCCCUUCCCAACUAUGAUCGCGCCAAAUGAUGCUCCGUCAAAAUAAUUAUUGUGUGAAUGAAUGGCGUGAACUUGUUGCAAUCUCGCAACAUUAUCAUUGAUGAUGUCAACAAGGUUUUCUUAUUUUUCUCUUUUUCAUAUGACAUUAUUGUCUUCAAUACAAUUUCGACAAAGAUGUAGAGCUUACUACAUUAAUUUGGUGUAUAUUCAAUACAACAACAACGACAACGACGACCAAAUCUCAUUUCUCCAUUGCGGGAUCUAUCUUAUAAUGUUUUUUUUCUUUCACCAUAUUUUCAUUAAAACAAUGCUUCAAUCGAAUCUUUUACAUUUUUUCUCAAGCCAUAUCGCUUAUUCUCAUAACAACAAUGAUUGGAUGAAAGACGACCACAUACCGAAAACAAACACCGCAAUCAAUAAUGGUAUCCAUGGAAAUCGUAACAAAAAUGCGUGUUUUCUACUAUAGUGACAAAUAUUAUAAUCACUAUCACUAUCGAUUACAACAAAAAAAAAUCUGAUGCUCAUCAUUCAAUCGUAGAUUUUGGAAAAAUGCAUCGAUUCUUAAACUUUUGUACAAGAUGAUAAAAAAUAGCUUAUAGUUUCUUCGGAUUUAUUCAAUGAACAUUAAUCGGUUUUUUUUUGCUAAUUAAGAUCAUACACACAAAUUCAAAUCAUAUUUUUGAUGAUUCAACCAAUCAUUGUUCAUUAGGCCAUGAAUAAUUUGAUGAAUUUGUAAAUGAAUGAAAGGCGGAGUGAAAUAUCGUCUUUGAUUAUAUAUAAUUGAUCAUCUUUUUAAUAAUAAUACUACGCUUGAAUGGAAGCAUUUCAUCUGUCAACAUAAAUCAUCAUGAUCAUGAUUAUGAAUAAUGGUUGACAUUAUGUGUUGGUGAAAAACUAAUUAAUGAUUUGUUGAUACAUUUUCCUGUUUACUCAUCAUCCCCAUUCGACUCUUGUGCUUUAUUCAUCAAGUUUCCCAAGAUUCUUCUAAUUUUAAACAAAAAAAUCAUGCGUCCAAUCAGACGAGAGGAAACCAAAUCAAGUCCAAAUGUGUUCAUUUUUUUCUUUGAAACGUCAUGCUUUACAAAAACUGCUACCUGGAUGGCAUCUUUAGUCAUUUUUAUUCUUGUCAAUUCAUAUAUCUAUUCAACUUUCGCCGAUAUUUAUGCCGGUGAUCGAAUCGAUCCUUAUUUCACUGCAAGACCAAAUCCAGUAUCUAAUUAUGGCCAAUGGGGCCAUUAUCCAAUCAUGUAUCAAGAUCCGAACCGUCCUUUAGAACCGAUCAAUAAAUAUGAUCCUCGUUAUUCGGCAGUAACACCAAAUACUUAUAAUAGAUAUAGAAUCGAGGAUCCUGGCGAUCUUCGUUGUCGUGAGGCAGUGAAAGAAGGUUUACUCGAAUUUGUUACAGUCACCACCCCAUACGGAACAGUCGAAGGUCGGGUGGUUUAUUUGUGUGAUGAGCCUGGUGUUCCGGAACAUGAACGACCACGUCCAGCCCAAUACGUACCAAUUGGAGCACCACACAAAUAUAGACCGAUUACUCAAUUCAGAAGGAAUGUAACGGCUUUUCUUGGUAUUCCAUAUGCAAAACCACCGACUAAAAAGAAUAAUCUUCGCUUCAAAAGAACUUUGGUUCCAGAUCAAUGGGGUUCGAUUCGAGCCGAUCGAUAUAGAGCUGCUUGUCCCCAAUACAAACGAUAUGUCCACGCUGAUUUGGGAAUUCCGUUUACCGAUGAAGACUGUCUCUAUAUGAAUAUUUUCACACCAUGGGCUGCAACCCAAACAAGAUCAUUAUAUCCUGUAAUGAUUUAUAUCCAUGGCGGUCAUUUUGAUCAUGGUUCUGGAAAUAUUUUUCCUGGCCAUAUGUUGGCAGCUACUCAAGAAGUUGUUGUCGUUACAUUUAAUUAUCGUAUUGGUUUACUUGGAUUCUUGGCUACUUCAGAUAAUUCAUCGGCUGGGAAUUACGGCCUUUUUGAUCAGAUGCAAGCCAUUAAUUUUGUUCGCGAAGUUAUUGUCAAUUUUAAUGGUGAUCCAAAUCGGAUCACUUUGUUUGGACCAGAUGCUGGUGCUGCAAGUGCCGGUUUGUUGGCUUUAUCUCCAUUGACUCGAAGAUAUAUUAAAAGAGUAAUCGCUCAAAGUGGAGCAGCAGUGGCUGAUUGGGCCAUCAUCAAGGAUCCGCUUUACAUGCGAAACAAUACGGUCAUUGCUGGACGAGCAUUUGGAUGUUCAACUCGUACCAGUUAUAUCCUAGUCGAAUGCUUGAAAAGCCGAUCUGCUACUGAUUUUACUACCACUGAGAUAAAGCCUGAUGUUGGAUGGCUUGCUUGGGCACCUGUUGUUGAUAAAUACACACGAACUCAUGAUUCACAAUUACUACCAGAAUUGCCUGAAAACAUUUUGAAUAAACGAUUACUCGCAUUCGAUCCAGAUUUCGCUUAUAUGAGUGGUGUUACCCGAGAUGAAGGAUCACAAUCAUUGUUUUCAGAUGAAGAAUUACAAAAACGAAAUUAUGAAAUCGAUCAGGAACAGUUCACCAAACGUGUAAGAGAUUAUGUUAAAAUUUACAACUAUACUUUGGAUCAGGAUAGAUUGGUUAGCGCAAUUACAUUUAUGUAUUCACCUUGGAACGACCCUGAGAAUAAAACUUUGAUACGUCAAGGUGUUAUCGAUAUGAUUACUGACUCAUGGUAUACAUCACCGAAUGAUAAAAUGGUCAAAUUGAUGCUCAAAAAUAAUGUUGUUACUUAUAUGUACAUGCUUAAUUAUACGAUUCAAGGUCUUAAUCUUCCAUCCUGGAUCGGUGUUCCACACGAUACCGAAUAUUUGCUUGCUUCUGGAGCUCCUUUCAUGGAUCCAAGAUUUUAUCCGAAAGCUUUAAAAUUAGAUUUAGCUCAAUGGACUGAACAAGAUCGAAAUAUUAGUCAAUUGUUCAUGGAAACCUGGGCCAAUUUUGCCAAAAAGCCAGUUUGUACAUCUAAUGCAUGGAAUUGUGGUCCAACUCCAUACGCUUUAUUUAAUACGAUUAUUUGGAAGCCAAUGUCUUUAAAUAAUCUCCAAUAUUUAGCCAUCAAUUCAACCAACUAUACGACAAAUAUACCAUUCACAAGUGACUGGGAAAAUUCAGAUUGGACAUUGAUCACUUUUCCAUAUUCAACAUCUACAAUGUGGAGAAAUUAUAAACAGAAAUCGGCUCAAUUCUGGAAUUCAUACGUAACUCAACUGGUUGAUACGGCUCCAAUUACUUGGAUGCCAACUGUUGAGCCAUAUUUGGAUGAACUCAGAAUUUAUCGUGCAGCAACAUGGAGCAUUUUGGCCACGUUGAUUGUUCUUCUAUUUUUUACUCUGAUGUGUUCAUGCCUUUAUUGUCGAGCAAAAAGCUAUAGAUACACCGAAGAAUAUGUUCCAGUUCCUGUUCUAGAUCAGCCAUAUGCUCCCGCGUCGGCUCGUGCAAAUUCGGAAAAUAAUCUCAAUUACAUUCAAACAAUGCGAUAUCGUAACAACAAUGAAUAUAUUCCUCAAUCACCGUCUGUAAUGAUGAAUAAUUCGAAUCAUAAGACUAGAUCUAUGGAAAAGUUAUAUUCACCAAGAUAUGAUAGACAUACUGAAGUUUAAACCAUUAUUGUUUGCUUUGGCGCCGUUAUUUAAAAAUCUCGUAAACUUUAUGCACUGUUUUGGCUAACUAUGAUUGCUUUUGCGUCCAACAGAUGGCGU